GUUCAAUACAGUUGGCAAUUUACGGGUUAAAUGUAGUGUGGGGACUGUGGAAACAGUUUGUACAGUAUUGGAGAGAAUGGCAUGCGCAUUUUUUUUUUCCUGGAUAGAAAACAGAGAAUCUGAGAGAAAGAUAAUACUCUCACUGUCUUUAUUUAGACCCCAGCGUAUCUUUCCUUCAGAGCUCAGAGGCUUCAAGUAGACUCACCAGGAGUUCUUGUGAAAGGGAGACAGUGACGCGCGGAGGAAUUAAUUAAAUAAAUCAGUAAUAAUAAUAAUAAUAAUAAUAAUAAUAAUAAUAUAGGCCUAACAACAUUAAAAAUAAAACAAUAUAUAUCUGUGUAACUUUUAAUAUGGGGAUGCUGGAGAAUAAAAAAAGGCCAUUAAAUUAAUUAAAAAGGAAAGCGUCUUCUGUUCCUUUGCUGAGAUUGGAAAUGGGGCAUUAAAACAUGUACUACAAUCCACAUGGACUGAGCGCUUGUCAUCGAAUAAGGCACCAGUGCUACCUUUUGUGUUGAUGGAACAAUAGUACGGAUCGUGAAGACGGGAAAUAGAUCGAUUCAACUGGACUACACACUCGCGUUCGCUAUCCUCGUAGUUUUGCCUGGCAAAGGAUUUAGAAAACCUCUCUGGGACAAACCCACCUUUAAAGGGGGAAGAUGCCAUUCCACCAUGUAACCGCAGGCCUGCUGUACAAGGGGAAUUACCUGAGCCGCUCGCUCUCCGAUGAGAGCGACAGUGAGCAAUUAGCCAGCAUCUCAGUGGAGGAGCUGGCCGAAAUGCGGGAAGCAUUCCGGGUGCUGGAUCGGGAUGGCAAUGGGUUCAUAUCGAAGCAGGAACUGGGCAUGGCCAUGCGCUCGCUGGGGCACAUGCCCAGUGAGGUGGAGCUGGCCAUUAUUAUGCAGAGAUUGGAUAUGGACGGAGAUGGCCAUGUGGACUUUGAUGAAUUUAUGACAAUACUGGGCCCAAAACUUUUGUCUUCCGAAACGAGGGAAGGGUUCCUCGGGAAAACGAUAGACAGCAUAUUCUGGCAGUUUGACAUGCAGCGAAUAACGCUGGAAGAACUGAAGCACAUCCUGUUCCAUGCCUUCCGGGACCACCUCACGAUGAAGGACAUAGAAAACAUCAUCAUUAACGAGGAGGAAAGCCUAAACGAGAACUCCGGCAACUGCCAAACAGAGUUUGAAGGAGUGCAUUCCCAAAAGAAGAACCGCCAGACGUGUGUCCGGAAGAGCCUCAUCUGUGCAUUUGCAAUGGCCUUCAUUAUAAGCGUCAUGCUCAUUGCAGCCAAUCAGAUGCUGCGAAAAGGCAUGGAAUAGCCUUUCAUCCAGAGCACUAAUAGAUUUUUGCUACUGGACGACAAACAAAACCAAUGUAAAGUGAACACUAUUCCACAAGGAGACUGAAGCCAGCAGCAUGCUUUGUCUUGACAUUCACCUACAUCUUUGUGGCAGGGACUUUAAAAAGGGCUGUUUCAAUGCUUUCAUGGUAUUUUUUUUUUCCUAACGCAAUAUAAAUACAGGAGUUCUGAACUGUCACCCCAAACAGUCACAGUAAAUGGUGCCAUUUAAAUGAAAAGUUUCCUUGGUUGCCAGUUGUAAUGGCCUUUGGUGUUUCAUAUACAUUAGCUCGCGGGGUCCUUUCAGAAACACUGGAGUAAUGUUCUGUCUGAGAAAUGGAUUUCUACCACUCUGAUCAACUUUAGUUUCCAAUUCGAGAUAAGGCUUCGGGCCAUAUUUGAGUAACUUGGACAGAAAAAAAAAUACAAUGCAUUUUAUACCAGUUGCUUAAUGACAUCAACUGUAGCAUGUAUCCUAAUUAGCCUCUCCUCAUCUGGGUGGAAUGCAGGUCUUUGAGGGUUUUAAUCAACAAAUUAAGAUUCUGCAGAAGAUUCAAAAUGAUUUAGAUCUUCAUUAAAUAAACUUGCUAAUUCAUUGUUUGGGGAAACGCAUUUAAUUCAGCUGAACAGACUACUGUUACUUUGCUCCCCAUGUUUUAUGCAUAAAGUAGUGUAUGCGUUUUAUAUUUAGUAAACAUUGCUGCCAGGGGUUUUGUUCUUCUAAAACCAGUCACCCCCUCCAGUAUCUAAAAACUGGCAUCUUCCUCUUCAAGAGCCCCUGCAAUCCAAAAGGAAUUUAAACACGCUCAGCACUCUGCAGGUUUAACAGCGAGCUAAAGCUAUGGCCAAAAGUGCAUCACCUAGAAUUUUAGGAUUGAGAUAUAUUAAUAAUAAUAAAAAACUAUAUGAACAUACUUUAGGUAUUUUAUUUAACAUCAUGUAAAUCAAAAAACUACAAAAUGAUAUUGCAAAAGUCUACCGGAAUCCAUUAUUGUUGUACAGUAUUUCAUGUUAGAUUUUGAAAUGUCACAUUUUAAAAUUUGUCAGUUUUUCAUGAAGUAUACGGAAAACUACAAAGCGGUAUGUAAUUCAAUAUGUUAACGUAACAUUAUUCAGCACAUUUCAUUCGCCAUUGGCCAUAGCUAUAGGUUUGAAUAUAGAUCUGCAGUGCUUCUCUCUGUAACCAUCUUGAUCUAGUAGUGUAGCUUUGACUCAAUCCCGUUACAUGUUCCACCCAAGUACAACAGUAUCUAUUUAAAAAAAAAAAAGAAAAGAAUUGUAGUCUGUUUCGCUUUUUAUAAUAUCCAAACAGAUUAUUGUUUUAUUCUAUUAGGACUUUCACAUAGCACACCCAGUCCAUCUAGUGACUGCAGACUAAUAUUGCACUGGUGUUUUACUGAAAGAGAAUUGCAGCUGCAACUUGCAAAGCCUGUUUAUUUGAAACCCUGGUGUGGUCAGAGGAGUUCAUAAUGUAUCUCAAUUAAAAAAUAGAUAUAUUAAAACAGCUAUACUUGCUAAUUGGUAGAUGCAUGAAAGAUUAUAGGGAGUGGAUUAUUCAGUCUGUUACUGCACGGCAUUCAUAACAGAAUUUUAGCUGAGCCCUCAUUUAAUUAUUCUUCUAAGUUUUAGUACUCUUUCUUUCAAAAUGACUUGAUCUAGCACAAAACAGGUCAUACUGAUGCCUAACGUUGCAGACUGUAAAGGAACUAGCGUAAGAUGUACUUACUAAACCUGCCUUUUUAUUUUAUGUGAGCGUAGUGGAAUACUAGCGUACUGUAUAUAUUUAUGGUUAGGGAGGUGAAAUGGUUAACUGUACAGUAUUUGACUAAGGUAAAGCAGUCCUAUUUAAAAUACAAAGAAGGUGCACUCCCCUAGACAACCACCAGAUGGGGGUGUUGGAGAAAGACUGAAUCCAGCAAGAGUAAAAUCACUAGAUAAAACAAUCCUUGUCUGGACGACUGCGUGGUCCUGUCAAUGCUGCGUUUACUGGGCUGCGCAGCGUCGCAUGUAUUCUGGGGUCUAACUUCAGCGUUACAGAGGGUACUUCUGAACUCCUGUAAGAAACCUACCUGGCAAUGUACACAUUCUAACCACCUUCAGUUUUCUGCAGACUGCUUAUGUUUAAUGCAUGCAAUUUUUGGAAUACUGUAUAUACCUGAUAUUGUAUGAUGUGUAUCAAGUGUAUCUGAUGGUUAUGUGUGUGCAUGAUGCUGAAUACUGCGAGCUCUUAAUGCUUCCUGCUGAAAUGAGACUGGUAGUCUGUGUGUGUGUUACAUUACUAGACUUGAUGCCUGGUGUGAGAGACAAGCAUCUGUGCAUCACAUCCCCAUGUAGCUCAAGCGUCAAGCUGGACAGAUAUGUGUUAAAUUCACAAAAGAGUUUGUAUAUAUUCACUAAUAAUCCCCUUGUAAUAGUAAUAAUAGUUCUACUACCAGGUAAAUAAGCAAUGGCAAAUCGUUUUUGGAGGGUACCCCUUUAAUUUAUGAUUUUUAUUGAAUAAAAUGCAACUGACAUUGCAAAAGUUCUCAUUAUGCAAGCAUGCCAUCUAUUGGUCAUCAUGGAAAUAGCAAUUCAAGCAUUUUAAUUCCCAUGCAGAUUCACUAUUUUCUGAAUUUUAAGGUUUUAAACAAAAUAAAAAAAUUAGGGGGGGUUGGUCAAAUUAUUUAAAAGGGACAUUCAAAUAUUUGUUAUUUAUUUCAUUGCAAUGGUUUGCAUAACGUAAUGUACUGUAAAAUACUGAACUGUGAGCUUUCAUUACUUUGAGUGACUGUAGAAUCUGUGUGUGAAACUCUAACCACGUACAGGAACUUUUAAAGACGUACAGUAUGUGUUGUAAUAAAUCUUUUUUUUUUUUG